AUGGUCAUGACUCGCUGUAGCGUUUUAUAUUCUCGUUGCACGAAGUACAAACGUUUUCAUCUUCUUUUCGCGUUCUCUCUUCUCGGAAUGUUGUUGAUGUUGUUAGGGGUGAUGUGUGAAGACGAGAACGACGCGGCGACCAAGGAGAACAACGAGAACAUGAACAAGGACAACAGUAUUCCGUCGCUUUCAACCGAAAGCAACAACAUCGAUAAUGAAAACAUUCCAGCAAGGAAAAUUAAAUUUGGAGAAACCGUUAAACUGGACGAGUUAGGACCGGUAAUAGUGCAAUCGGAUUGCACGUUGAAACGCAUUGAAAAUUGGCAUACGUUAACCGAAGGCGAGCGAGAGGCGACGAUGAGAAGGAUUGGAGGAAGGAACAGAGUGAGAUUAGAACAUUGCAAAGAACAGAUACAGAUAUCAGAUGCUGGCGAACUUUAG